AUGAGAGUUAAAAGUAAUUCGAUAUUUAUCGGUGAUGAUCUAACUCAAACAUUACUUGAAAUACCAAAAUCAUUAUUUGCAUUAGCUAAAAAUGACAUAAAAGAACCUGAAGCAGGGAUUGAUUGUAUUAUUUGUACACGUCAUUGGCAUCAAGUAUGUGCAUUACAUUUAGAUCAAAUAUGGUCUGAAGGUUUUAUAUGUACUACAUGUAUACAUCAGUAUAAUAUAAAACGUAAAGAAAAUCAUUAUAUAGCAUCAAAAUUAUCAGUAAAUGAUUUAUCAUCACAAUUAGAAAAACGUGUUAAUGAUUUUUUACACAAUCAAGGUUGUCAAACAGGUCAUGUAACAAUUCGAAUAUUAUCUUCAUAUGAUAAAAUAUGUUUAGUAAAACCACAAUUAAAAAAAUAUUAUCCAUGUCAAGCGGCAAAUGGUUAUCCAUAUCGAACAAAAGCUAUAUUUGCUUUUCAAAAAAUUGAAGAUGUUGAUGUUAUUUUCUGUGGUAUGUAUGUACAAGAAUAUGAUGAACAUUGCCCUGCACCAAAUACACGUCGUCUUUAUAUAUUAUAUUUUGAUACAGUACAUUUUUUUCAACCGAAAAUUUAUCGUACAAAUGCUUAUCCAGCAAAUGAAGGUAUUGAUUAUCUAUUUCAUCGUCAUCCAUAUGAACAACGUAUGCUAAAGCCAACGCGUCUUCAAGAUUGGUGUAAAAAGAUGCUUGAUAAAGCAAUUGCAGAACGUAUUGUUAUUGAUUAUAAGGAUAUUAUGCAGGAUUGUUUAGAUAAUCAUGUGCAAACAGUUCUUGACAUUCCAUAUUUCGAUGGUGACUUUUGGCCGUUUAUUAUUGAAAACAAUAUUGAAAAACUUGAACAAGAAGAAUAUGCAAACUUAGAUGAUCCAUUUGAAUCAGAAGAUUCAACCGAAAUUUCUGGUAAACGUAAAUCUGUAAAUACAUAUGAACACAAAAAAUUGAAGAAAACGACCGAUCCAAUGUCAAAUUCUACUUAUUUACUUUCUACAAUAUUUUCAGCUAUGGAAAAAUACAAAGAUACAUUCUUUGUUAUUCGUCUUCACAAUCAAAUAACAUCCUAUUCAACAGGCAACGAGAUUAAUGCUGUAAUUCAAUGUGAUCUAAUGGAUACACGAUACGCAUUUUUAAGUUUUGCUUGUGAUAAAAAUUAUGAAUUUUCUUCACUACGUCGUGCAAAAUUUUCAACCAUGUCUUUAUUACAUGAAUUACAUACGUCAACAACAGAUAAAUUAAUAUAUAAGUGUAAUGCAUGUCGACAACAAUGUGAUAUACGUUAUCAUUGUAGAGAAUGUAAAGAUUUUGAUUUAUGUGAAAAAUGUUAUGAUAUUGAACCACAACAUGAACAUGAAAUGAAACGUUCAAUAUUAUCAAUAGUUGAUGUUAGCCAAUAUGGUAAACAGAAUUCAUUAAAUGUUGAUGAUAAAUCUAUAGCAAAUAUACUGUAUAAAAUUACAGCGAUGAAAAUCAAUGCAACAUUGAAUUGA